CGUUCAAAGUGUUUGACAACCAGAUCGACAGUCAUGCAGACUCGCUCCUAAAAUGCUUUUAAACAUGUGCUCUUUAAUCUUGUUUUUUAUUUGCAUAGGAGGUAUUCUUGGUGUUAUCGAUCCAGAUGAAGUGAAGUCAGUGUCAGUGAUGGAGGGAGAUUCUGUUGCUCUACACACUAAUGUUACUGAAAUACAGGAACGUGAUCAGAUAUUGUGGAUGUUUGGACCUCAGGAGACUCGUAUAGCUGAAAUCUAUAAAAAAAGCAUUGAUAUGUAUAACAGUAAUGAGACAUUUGGAGACAGAUUGAUUCUGGACAGUCAGACUGGAUCUCUCACCAUCACAAACAUCACAAUCACACACACUGGACUUUAUAAACUACAGAUCUUUAGCAACAGAGAAACUUUAUACAAGAGAUUCAAUCUUACUGUCUAUGCUCAUCUGCCCAUUCCUGUAAUCUCUUCACAAAGUUCAUCGUCAUCAUCAUCAGUCUCUAAAUGUGUGUUGUUGUGUUCAGUGUUGAAUGUGAGAGAUGUGAAUCUGUCCUGGUACAAAGGAAACAGUUUAUUGUCCAGCAUCAGUGUGUCUGAUCUCAACAUCAGACUCUCUCUACCUCUGGAGGUUGAAUAUCAGGAUACAAACACAUACAGCUGUGUACUCAACAAUACCAUCACAAACCAAACUCAACAUCUUAACAUCACUGAUGUCUGUUUAAACUCUGUACCGUUAUACAGUCAUUGGAAGAGAGUGAUGCCCUCAUUGUUUUAUGCUCUGGUGGGCGUGUCUGCUGUCGCGCUACUCGUCUUUUACGUCAGAUAUAAACAGAAAGCGAAAGCAAAAAUAUCUUCAUAAAGUCACUGAUAUAAGUUUUAUAUGGACACUAGGUGGCAAAACUUGUAAA